AUGAAACUAACGAAGACCCACGAGGUUCGUCCAAUCGGGGACCUAAACCCUCGCGAGCGGGAAACUAGUGCAAGGUCAUCGGGAUACAACCUUGACUCUAAUUUGACCUCUAUGAACUUUAACGAGAAAACGCAGUUACGCGAAAUCGAUAACAUAUUGGUAGUGAUGGACAGUUUGAGUGACACGUCUUUGACAUUGAAGAAGAUGUUCUUUGAUCUGAAAAUGCAAAACGAGUCGGAGAAAGUUGAAUGCCAGCGUAAAGUGUCUUUGUUUCGAGACCGCCUUAAACGUCUUGCAGACGACUUCGAACGUCACAUUACGGCAGAAUUGGAGUACGCGCAGCAGUCGGAAAAUACGCAGAUCGACGCAAAAAUCGAAGAGUGUGAAAAUAUAUUCAACGCCAUUGAAAUGUCCAAGGACCUAUCGCAAGGGAUGAAAAGGGAAUACAUCACUCCUCAGACAAUUCACAAAGUGAACGCUGCACGACAAAGAUGUAACGAGUACAAGUACACACUCCAGCGUAUUCACAGCCGACUGCAACCCGUACAUUAUGAUCUCGCCAUAGACCGCAAUGUUUCCGAUGCCCUUAACACAUCCCCCGGUGUCAUUGGCAAAGUAGAAGUAACCCACGAGAAUGACGACCUGUUUGACGAUCGUGAGACAAGGAACGCAGAGAUGUCGAGACGUGCAAGCAUCGUUUCAACAACUUCGACAACGUCGACUAGAAUGACCAAACAACCGACACAGACCACAUUCCGGCUAAACUCAACUGAGCAUGCACAGAAGCUCCAUGAAAUUCGCAUGCACCGGAAGGACGAUCAGGAUGAGCCUAUGAUAACAUCCAUAUGUUCUCUUAACAAUAACCACUUUAUAACUCUUGACCGAAGUAACAACAAGCUGCUAUUGGUGCAUCAAGACGGGGUAAUAAUUACGCAGUACGUUUUCACCAGCCAAAUAUGGGACAUGACGCUUGUGGAUUCUUUAACGGUGGCCGUUACAGUUCCAGACAACGAUAAGAUCGUUAUCGUAAAGGUACGCAACAACAACCUUUGUGCGGAGAGAUUAAUCAAAACAAGCAAUAUAUGCUAUGGUAUUUGCGCUAUUGAAGGCUUUAUUGUGGUUACGGUCAAAGGCGGUUACGUUAAAAUAGUCACAAAGGCCGGCGAAGAGGUGGCAUCAUUACGUCACAACCACCGCGGCGAGCUUCUAUUCACAGACCCGCAGCACGUUCAAACCAACCGCGAUCAGAACGAACUGUACGUCACUGACUACACGCUCCACACGCUGACGGCUCUGGUACUCACGGGCGUUAAAAUCGACUCGCAACCGAAAUUUAUUUUCCGUAACAACGAGUUACGAAACCCAACCGGGCUUUGUCUUGAUAUCAACGGCAACAUAUACGUAUGCGGUUUUGCCUCUCACAACGUCCUUAAGGUGUCGCCGGACGGUGUUCUGCUUUUUGCCGUCCUUACCGGCAUCAUUAACCCACAGGCUGUGGCGCUUACGGUGAUGGAAGACCAGAUGCUUGUGUCGACCCUCUCUAGUGGCGGAGGGCGAAGCAAACACAUGCAGAACGUCCUGGAGGUGUUUAAAAUAUGA